CUGCACACAACAUUACCUCAUAAAACUCUCUCUCUCUCUCUCUCUCUCUCUCUCUCAGAAAAGAUGGUGAUUGUGAAUGCUGAAAAUAUCCCAUCAGCGCCAAUUCACCCGCCGCCACCUCCGGCAUCUUCUCCGCCACCCACAUCCGCUCCAACGGCGUUACCUCUGUCCACUAGUCCGCCAGCCAGUAAUAACAGCAGUGCGGUUCCCGUGGUCAUCAGCCCCUGCGCUGCAUGCAAGAUCCUCCGGCGUCGGUGCAUCGAUAAGUGCGUGCUAGCCCCGUACUUCCCACCGACUGACCCGUACAAGUUCACCAUCGCCCACCGAGUCUUUGGGGCUGCUAACAUCAUCAAGCUCUUGCAGGAACUGCCGGAGUCGCAAAGAGCGGACGCAGUCAUCAGCAUGGUGUACGAAGCGAAUGCGAGGCUGAGGGACCCGGUCUAUGGGUGCUCGGGUACGAUUAGCCGGCUCCAGAAACAGAUAAGCGAGCUACAGGCGGAGCUGGCCAAGAUGCAGGCGGAGUCUGUCAACAUCCAGUGCCAAAAUUCCCACUUACUAGCUCUGCUUUGCAUGGAAAUGGCAGGGACCCAGCAGGCCGGGGACCCCACAAGUAAUUGUAACAAUGUUACCAUGCAUCAGCAGCAGCAGCCGCAGCAACAGCAAUAUAUGAUCGAUACGAGUGGUUUCUUGGAUGACAGCAGCCUCAGCUCCGGCUGGGAAACACUUUGGGGCGCUUAAGUAGAGCAUAAGCCCUCUGCCCCUACUGAAAGGGAUUGGGAGAGACAAUUUAUGCGUAGAUAUAUACAUACAUAUAUUAUACAGGAUAAAUUAGGAAGUUAUUGAAGAAAUGUCAAUAAAGAGAUCGUCACAUAUUUGAUGUACCAUUUGUGUUUAGUUUUAGGAGAAAUUCAAAUUAGAGUCAAACCCGAAGAAAAGAAGGAAAAGUGAGCUAGGGGUUGUCUCA